AUGCAUUGUAAUAAAGGUAAUAAAGGUAAUAAUAUAAAUAAAAAUGGACUUACAAAACAAUCAUAUAUGCCACAAGACGAUCUAACUACUUUUGUAAAGGGUAUUUUACGUUCUAAGACAUAUUCAUUACCAGAUAUUAAAUUACCAGCUUUAAGUAAUGGUUUAUCUAGUGUAAUUGAGGCUUCUUGGUUGAAUAGAACUGAGCAGAUUAUGCAUAACCAGAUAUGCCCAUUUGAUUACACUAAAAAUACCAUUAGCAAGUAUAAAGACAGAAUAUUGCUAACACCGCACAGAUCAGAGGCAACAGCUGUACUUGAAAAAUAUAGAAAUAUUGGAGAACAAAUUUUUGAAGACUAUGGAGAUGAUUUGAAUAGAGAAUCUUCUAAAUUAGUGUUUAAUAAAGUUGGAAUAGCUACACCAAGGCCAGUAAAUAAAAGAGGUUUAAGUUCUAAUAAAAGUUUGGAAAGAGAUAAAGUACUUUUUUAUUCUGGUCCUUUAUAUAAAUAUAAUUCACCAAGAAAGGGAUCCCACCACAAAAUUAGUAAAUAUGGUAGUAGUAGUGGAAGUGUUGAAAUUUUUAAUAGAAAUAUAUUUGAUAAAAGCAUGAAGUUUAGAAGUGAAUAUAAUAUUUCACCAUUUCGUGAGAGAGUCUGUAUAGCUUGCAGGAAUAGGAAACUUCGUAGUAAGAAUGCAACUGAGCAAUAUUGUCACAAUGAAAUUGUAAUCACAGGAGAUUUUGUAUGUAGAGAGUCACCAAUUAGUCAAACAGAAUACUCUUAUGAUGGUAAUAUUGAUGAAGAGAUAUGCAGCAACUCUAAUUGUAUUGUUAAAAAACUUAGUGAAGAUUUGUUGACAGAUCAUAGAUUAACGAGAUUACAAGAUAUAAGAUGCAGAGAUACUUUAUCAGGGUAUAUAUAUGAUGAUGUUAAUGAGAUAAUUAACCAGAGGUAUGAAUCACUUGAAAGUAGAAUAUCAAAUUUGGAGAAUAUAAUGGCUUCAACAAUGAUUUAUUCUGAUUCAGAAUCAACGGUCAUACAGACACCUUGUAUAGUUAGGAAAAGUAAUGAAUAUGAAGAAAGUGUUGGAGGAGAAUUAGAGGAAAGUGGUUUUGAGUCUACUGAUAAUAAUGAUGAAAUAAUAAGGGAAAUGAACUCCUCAAUAAAAAAAGAGAUUGUAAGAGAAGUUAUGGUUUUUGUUAAUGAGCCAACUAGUUGUAAAGAAGUCACAAAUUCGGCUACUUUUAAAUUAACUAAUAAGAAAUUGAGUAAUACAGAUCCUAUUAAAAUAUUUAGGGUAAAACCACUCACUAUACCAAUUGAGAGACCAUCAAUAUAG